AUGUCAUCAUACGCUCAGCAAGUCCACCGCGCGCCCACCGCCUCUGAGAUCCACCACGCUCUGCUACGUCCAGCUAUCCUACAGAUCCUCCGCGCGCAGGGCUACUACUCAUCGACACCCAGCACGGUUGACGCGCUAACCGAGCUCGCUGCAAACUACCUUACCGCCAUUUCGCGACGCACCGCGCAGCACGCGGCACUUAACAACGAGGUGGGCGCGCCAGGCCUCCCCGACGUAGUCGAUGUGCGCCUCGCCCUCGAAGACUGCGGCGCUCUGUGGCCAGAACGCGACUUCACGGCUCAAGAAGUGAGCGGGGAGGAAGACAUGAGAGGGAUUGACGAAUUCAUACGCUGGGCCAAGGGGAGUAAGAACCGGAGGAUUCGCAUGGUUGCGGCUCUGGACAAACCAGCUGCCGGCGAUGUUGGUGUAGAAGGAGUAGAGGAACAGCGCGAGACGGACUACUUGAGUGCGCUUAAGCGAAAACACAACAAGACGGAUCAAGACUCUAAGUACGCGGGUACGAUCUUGGGCCGAGGCAUCGUCGAAGGAGAAGUCGUCCCAGAAGGUGGAAGUGAGAGCAGCAUACACGCCUGGGCACGUAAGAUGCACGAGACGUCUCAACGCCCCCCUGAACCCGAAACCGUCGACAUCGAGUCAAGGCCGCCUAGCUCGGGCCUGAGCUCACUUGCCGACGAGGACGUAGCUAUGAUAGAUAUGGAAUUCUGA